AUGGAGGCUGGCGGUGAUGCCGGUGCCUCCACCACCUACCCCAUGCAGUGCUCUGCUCUGCGCAAGAACGGCUUCGUCGUGAUCAAGAACCGCCCCUGCAAGAUCGUCGACAUGUCCACCUCCAAGACCGGCAAGCACGGUCACGCCAAGGUCCACUUGGUCGCCCUUGAUAUCUUCACUGGCAAGAAGCUCGAAGAUCUCUCCCCCUCCACCCACAACAUGGACGUCCCCGUCGUCAGGCGUCAGGAGUACACCCUCAUCGAUAUUUCCGAUGACGGUUUCCUCUCUCUCAUGACCGCCGACGGUGACCUCAAGGAUGACGUUAAGCUCCCUGACGGCGAGGUCGGCGAGAAGAUCAACAAGCUCUUCAAGGAGGAGGAGAAGGACACCCUCGUCACCGUUCAGACUGCCAUGGGUGAGGAGGCUGCUAUCGAUGCCAAGGAGGGCACCAAAUAA